AUGCCUCACGCUAAAUUGCUGGAAUCUGACAACGGAUACGCCAAUUUCGAUACUCAUUUCUUCGACGGUCAGGACGAGGUCGGCAAGGACGGUGUGUUGCGAAUCAGCAACAAAUUCCGGGCGAAAUCGGCGAACGCCGAUUUCUUGCCGGAAUGGGAUCAAUCUCAAAAAUACGGGCCACUCACAUACCAUGAUUACGUGGAUCCAGGUCUUAGAGCAGACCCGGGGUUUCCAAAUUUGUUCCCGGAUUUCGCUCCGGGCAAGGCCACGAUCAAGAAAAUCACACCCAAGCUAGGUACGGAAAUUGAGGGUAUCCAACUCACACAGCUAUCGGAUGCCGCCAAAGACGAGCUGGCUCUCUUGGUGGCGCAACGCGGUGUUGUAAUUUUCCGCAACCAAGAUUUUGCCCAAAAGGGACCCCAAUACGCAGUCGACUACGGAAGUCAUUUUGGCAAAUUGCACGUCCAUCAGACGUCGGGUGCUCCAAAGGGCCACCCGCAAUUACACAUAACGUUCCGCAGGCCAGACCAAAAAGAGUUUCAUCGUGUUUUUCGCGACCAGGUGUCGUCCAUCAAUUUCCACACCGAUGUGUCCUACGAGCUACAGCCUCCCUCUUACACGUUUUUCUCGGUUUUGGAAGGCCCCGCAGGCGGCGGAGACACUUUGUUCAGUGAUUCUUUGACCGCAUACGAGAGGUUGUCGCCAGCAUUCCAAGACUUUUUAAGCACUUUGCAUGUGGUGCACAGCUCCAAAGAACAAGCAGAAAACUCUCGUGUCCAAGGUGGUAUUCAAAGACGGAAGCCAGUGACCCACAUCCACCCACUGGUGCGCUACCACCCGGUGCUCAAAAAGAAAACGCUUUUUGUCAACAGCUCGUUUUCCCGCCGGAUUGUGGAGCUGAAGAAACCAGAAUCCGACCAGAUUCUCCAGUUCCUGUACGACUUGAUCAAUCAUACUCAAGACCUGCAAUUAAGGGCCAAUUGGGAACCUGGCACCGUCACAAUUUGGGACAACCGUAGAGUCCACCAUUCUGCUGUCAUCGACUGGGAAGAACCAAUUUUGAGACAUGCUUUCCGCAUCACUCCACAGGGUGAAAGACCCAUCGAGGACCCAAAGUAUUUGAACGACCCUACUUACUUCCCUUCGGAUUUGACCAACAAGAAAUAA